UUCGCUGGAGACGCGUCGAACGCCACUCUACUCUACCUUAGCUGAGUAAUUAUAAAUCAUUCAAACUGGUUUUGCGGCGCAUCGUGGCGCAGAGACGAGUAAACACCGGUGCGAAUCGGCAAGAGCGUCGCUUCGAAUACAAAAACGCAAUCUUUGCCCAUAAUCCCUGAUAGUACAAUAUAAGCUUUUGCGAAGCAGUCUGCCUCGUAUCAUCAUCUGUACGAGCCCCAAGACGAGCAGUUGCUGUAAAAUCGAACACGAACAAGCAUGUCUCUCCGAAUCGUUCGUAGGGUCAAGCAGCACCUGUCGGCGAUUUUGCCCGCCUCGUCAUCGUCUCCGAUUCAAGUGACGUGCCGUCGCUGCCUCAGCUCCGAGCAAGUCUUCGAGCUCGAGCACAAGUACGGCGCGCACAACUAUCAUCCCCUCGAGGUAGCUCUGCAGCGCGGCGAGGGCGUCUUCGUCUGGGACUGCGAGAAUCGCCGCUACUACGACUUCCUCAGCGCCUACUCGGCGGUCAAUCAAGGCCACUGUCAUCCGCGCAUCUAUCGGGUGCUCUGCGAGCAAGCCAAAAAGCUGACCCUCACCUCGCGGGCCUUCUACUCCGACGCGCUCGGCGAGUUCAGCCACUACAUCACUCGGCUGUUUGGCUACGAACGAUGGUUGCCCAUGAACACGGGCGUCGAGGGUGGCGAGACCGCCUGCAAAUUGGCCCGUCGAUGGGGCUACGAUCGCAAAGGAAUCGAGCGCUACAGGGGCAAAAUCGUGUUCGCGGAGGGCAACUUCUGGGGCAGGUCCUUGAGCGCCGUCUCGUCGAGCACGGACGCGUCGAGCUACGCGGGCUUCGGCCCUUUCAUGCCGGGCUUCGAGAUCAUUCCCUACGACGAUCUCGAUGCGCUCGACAAAAUAACUCGAGAUCCGCAAGUUUGCGCCUUCAUGGUCGAACCGAUACAAGGGGAGGCCGGCGUCGUCGUGCCCAAAGAUGGAUACUUGAAGGGUGUGCGAGAUAUAUGCACGAAAAAUAACGUGUUGUGGAUCGCCGACGAGGUCCAAACCGGCCUCGGACGAACGGGUAAACGACUGGCUUGCGAUCACGAGGGGGUCAAGCCCGACAUACUGAUACUCGGCAAAGCUCUGUCCGGCGGCUUCUAUCCCGUCUCGGGUGUCCUGGCCAACGACGACGUCAUGCUGACCAUCAAGCCGGGCGAGCACGGCUCGACCUACGGCGGCAAUCCGCUCGGCUGUCGCAUAGCCAUGGAGGCCCUGCGGGUCCUGGAGGACGAGCGGCUGGCCGAGAACGCCGAGAAGUUGGGCCACCUGCUGCGCGGCGAACUGUCCAAGCUGCCGCGAGACGUCGUCAAGGUCGUGCGAGGCAAGGGACUGCUCAACGCCAUCGUGAUCGACGAAAAGAUCGACGCGAUGGACGUCUGCCGCCAGCUGAAGGACGAGGGUCUGCUCGCGAAGCCCACCCACGGCCACAUCAUUCGACUGGCACCGCCGCUCUGCAUAGACGAGCAACAAAUAAAGGAGUGCGCGGACAUUAUCGGUCGCGUUAUCAAACGACAAAAUCCAUAAAGAAGAGCCGCAUGGUUGCCUUUUUUUUCUUCGAUUCGUUUGAU